AUGCUAGUGGUUUGUAUAUCAGAAGAUCGAAACAGUCUAAAUGUUCCCUUUGAUCAAGAUAAAGCUAUCGAGGAGAUUUGCAUUGCAUGCAAAAAUGUUCAGGCGACAGUUCGGUUUUUGUCAUAUGAAGAAGUUUCGCAUGGACUCACGGAGACUUUGGACUUUGUGUACAACUCUGACGUCCUUAUCGUUGAUAUGAGCGAUAAAACACAACAAGGUCCACUGAACUACCAACUAGGUGUUAGAGAAAGCCUUAGGUUAUUUGACAAUAUAGUUAUCAUUAAUUUGUUGAGUCACAUUUCGAUCGAUGAUCUUCGUAGCUUCCUGAGCCGCAAAACGAAACUGCUGCCAUAUGUCAUCAACGAAUGUGGGUUUGCUGUACUGUUGGAGGAUAUGUGCCUUCAGAGCGCACUCAUUGAUAAUGACAUCCUAAAAAAUCAGAUAUGUGGCGAUUUAAGGCGCUUGUCGACUGAAUUGGAGGAGAUUUUAUCAGAGAUGAGUAGUGGAAAUCGUGCUCCACUGAAGGAAAAGUUUAUUGACGAUCUCCGAAGGGAUCGUGAUUUGUACAAAGGUCAGGAACUACGAGAGCGUCUUCGAGUAAUGCGUCGCAGACUGGACUAUCCGGGAAUGCUGUCUUCAGAAGUCAUUCUUAAUUUGUUGCUGUCAUAUCGACAAUGCGAGGAUUUCGAUGCUAUGGUUACUUUAAUAGAAGAAAUAAAAGCGUUAAAGUUAAAUCAAGAUAUUUUGAAUGUAUGUAUGAUCCAGUAUCUUUACGCGUUUGCUCUACAUCGAAGGAAUAAAAAUGGGGAUCGAGAUGCUGCGUUGGCCGUGACUGAAGAACUUCUUAAAACCUGUGGUACACCAUCUGCUGAUAUGCAUGGUCUCUAUGGUCGCAUACAAAAAGAUCGUUUUAUGGAUUCCGGUGGGGCUGAUAAAGAGGCUUUAGAGUUGGCUAUUCAGGGAUAUCGUGAAGGAUUAAAAAUUGAUGCUAAUGAAUAUCUGUUGGUAAAUGUUGCUACUCUACUGGUAAUUAAAGGAAUGGAUCUUGAAACAAGUGCUGAAAUGCGCAAAAUAUGUAAUACACUGAAUCUGCGUGUAGGUCAGAAAGGGAAUAUAACCACAAUUAAUGACUACUGGGAUGUAGCCACAUUGUUCGAAGUACGCGUCAUCAGUGAAGAUUAUGGUGGGGCAGUCCAGGCCGUCGAGAGGAUGUACCUUUUAGACCCACCUGAUUGGGAAUUGGAGUCAACCUUAGGUAAUAUAAAAAUGAUUUGUAAGUUCCGCAAACCAUCCGAUGAUAACAAAGUUACGAAAUCUCAGAAGCUCUUCGACUUCUGGAUGGAGUUCCUGUCCACGGUAUGUGAUACCGAUGAAAAUGACUCAUUGUUGGCUAUAUCGAGUGGCAUAGAAAGAGACUCUUUUACAAUACCAUAUGAAAUUCAUCCCAAACGAAUAGUGUACCCAGUUCUUGUUGCUGAACAGAAUUGCACUUUUAUGAAACCGGCUAAUAUUCAAGUGAAUAUAAAUGCCGUGCCUCGAAGCCUGGGUAUAAUCUUCUAUGAUCUAGACUACACGAUAUCUUCAGCAAUACAGUCAGUUGAUUUAGGAAAUUGUGGGACCAUGCGACAGCACUUUCCACGUUUUAAUGAACACAAUCAAGACGAAGAUUUAAUUUUGAAUACAGAAGAUAUCAUAGGUAUAAACAUGACAGAAAACAACAGCCGCAGUGUUUAUUUGUACACAUCGUGUUCCUUGCCUAAUUACCGCAUAUCAUUUUCCUGUGAAAAAGUUAAAAGACAGUUCUAUGCAGUUUUACGUGAAUGUUUGUUUUCGGAGGAGGAAAAUUCAGGUUUUUUGCUAGACGAGGGAUCUGCCGAACCAUUCAAGUGGACAUAUGAUUUAAACGAUCAAAAUCAACGUGAAAUAUUGGGUCGGGGCAAAAUUGAUGCAACUAACAUCAGGGAAUUUCAACCGUUGCACGAUGAAAUUCGACUACACUCAAAAUUACAUCACAAAAAUAUUGUUCAGUACCUUGGAUCAGUUGACCAUGAUGGAGUAUUCAUGAUAUUUAUGGAGCUAGUUCCCGGUGCUUCACUAACUUCACUUGUAUCAAAAUAUGGAGCUCUUAAAGAGGAAACAGUGGUAAAUUAUUCAAAACAAAUACUGGAAGGUCUUCAAUAUUUACAUGCUAACAGAAUUAUUCAUCGAGACAUCAAAGGAGAUAACAUCUUGGUCAAUAUGUACAAAGGUGAACUAAAAAUAACAGACUUUGGAGCAUCGAAACGACUGGCAGGUCUAGUACCACGAGCCCAAACAUUCAAAGGUACCAUGCGCUAUAUGGCACCCGAAUUAAUCAGAGAAAUGUUAACUGGAAAACAACCAUUUAGUGAGCUGGGAAAUGCAAUGACAGCUCUACCAUUCAUCGAAAGCUACAGGAAAGUAAGACGGCGUAAACCUGUGGUCUUAGCACAAUCUCCAGACAGAUACCGAAAGCCAACUGGACUUCGCCAAACUGACUGUCUUUCAUCUGAACCAAAUUUACGAUCAGAGUCAAAUACUUCCCUUCGCUCUUGUUCACCAAAUUAUACUUCUGAGAGAGCUACAUGGGAAAAUAAAAAUUAUCAUCUUUUAAGUGUAAAUAACCACAAUGUUACGAAUUUGUCAGAAGGAGAAAAAUCCGAUAACGACAGCCUUAUCGUAUCUCCAACUGGAUCAUUUCAUCAAUCCGAUAUAUCAGAUGGAAAACCGAAAAACCGUAAAAAAGAUGAUGGAAAUCAUUUUUCAUCUGAACCAACAAAUCACAUGUUGACUUCAGUGAACAAAGCAGAAAAUACUAUUAUACCAUACCUGAGUGUAACACAGGUUCACUCACGUAGACCAUCUGUUAGUAGUAUUGUGAAUUCAGAAGACCCUUUCAAUUUCAUCAAACAGGAUUCUGAAGCCAAGCGACGCUUAUCAAAUGCAUUAACCUCAGAAAAACAGUCAAUAGUUGAUGCAUGGAUUGAUAUAGUCUGUCGAUGUACACCAUCAGAUGUUUCAAGUAAAAUCAAAGAUGAAAAUAUUUCCGAUAUAACUAAACAAAGAACUAAGUGUGGAUCUACUAACGGAGUUAAAAAACAGCUACUAGAGUGUCUCUUAGAUAUGAUCAUUGACAGCUUGAAAGGUGGGAUAUGCUGGUCUCAACUUACAAAUUACUUAAAGAUUCCAGCAAAUAAGUGUACACCAGAAGGCUUAGCUGAAUUCGUCAAUGAUACAUCAAGUGAAAAGAAUCAUAUUACAAAAUCACCAAGUUUUAAACGCCAUUCAGUGACAGGAGAAGAUUUAGGUGGACGAUUUCUGGAACUCUUGCAUUCUUCAAAAAUUUCAGAACAGAAUAGUGCGUGUCUGCCAGUCGGUACACCACUGGUCUGUAGUUACCUACGCGUGGCUUUAGCUGCACUUCCAAGUGUUAUCGCUGCACCACUUCUGCGUCAAGUAAACCGUCCACAUGAAGUGUUAGCAUGGGACAAAUUGAUCAAAGAUGCCAUCACUUCAGCAACUAAUCAAAUCAGCAAUGUAGCCCCGAUCAGUUCAGUUCAUUUACGUCGCCAUCAAACAUUCUCAACGCAUCAUAACCGUCGAUUGGUCAAACAGAAUACUACAGAAGUUGAAUUGGCCUCAUCGACAUUUGUUCGUCCGUCGAAUCCCUCACACCGACCUUUUACAAUGGAUCCAAUGUCCCCAGGUCUGUACUAUGCGCAAAAUGAAUCAAUUUUGGAUGAAGUGAAGAAAGGUACAAAGGGUCUAUCUUUGUCACAGAAGUCCCUAACGUUUUCUAAUGAAGUAAUCUUUGAAGAACCUACUGAAAGCAGUCAAUCUUCUAGAAAGUAUUUUGGCUCCCAAUCGAACGCCGUUUCGUGCUAUGCUAAAUCUCGUGCAGGGAAAACGCUAGAUGAUGGCUUUAAUUAUGAAAGUUCUGCUAACGGAAUUCUUGACAACUUCGAACAUAAAUUCUGGAAAACUGAAUUCAGUACAUUGGAUGAAUGGUUUACAAGCUUGCGUAUACCAGAAGAUGACCAAACUAAACUUCGUCGGAACAAUAUUGUUGACGAAGAGGACUUUCUAAUUGCCGUCACAAAGGAUGACUUAUGGAAGAUGGGUUUGACUGGUGGAACAGUUCUUCGACUUUGGAGAAAUAUACAAAGAAUACGAGCAAUGGAAUAA